GUGCUGAAUAUCCACGAUGCCUGGAGAUAUUUAAUAUUGAUACCUGGAAAAGAGUUUUUGAUUCCAGUGGAAUCUGUACAAUUUUUCAUUCGUUUGUUUUUAACAAAAGAACUGAACGUGCGUACACGUCGCUUUCGACGCUCAAACCCGAGGAUUUAAAAGGAGACCUGUGUUAUUUGUUACAAUGCCUGUGCAAGCCCCGCAGUGGACCGAGUUCCUGCUGUGUCCCAUCUGCACCCAGACCUUCGAGGAAACCGUCCGAAAGCCCAUCAGUUUGGGCUGCAGUCACACGGUGUGUAAGAUGUGUCUGAAUAAACUCCACCGUAAAGCGUGCCCUUUCGACCAGACCCCCAUCAGCACCGACAUCGAACAGCUGCCCGUCAACACCGCCCUCCUGCAGCUCGUGACCGGACAGGUUCCCAAAAAACAGCCCGUCACCUUGGUAACAGGUGCCGAGGACACACAACACUAUGAAGAGGCUCGCACGUGUGUGGAGGAACUAGCCUUGUACCUCAAACCCCUCAGUAACACCAGAGGGGUGGGGUUGAACAGCACAGCCCAGAGUGCUCCCAGUAGGCCCAUGCAGAGGAAACUGGUGACACUGGUGCACUGCCAGCUGGUGGAGGAGGAAGGGCGGAUCAGAGCCAUGCGAGCCGCCCGCUCCCUGGGCGAGCGGACGGUCACAGAGCUCAUUCUGCAGCACCAGAACCCGCAGCAGCUCUCCUCCAACCUGUGGGCCGCCGUGCGGGCCCGAGGGUGCCAGUUCCUUGGCCCCGCAAUGCAAGAAGAGGCUCUCAAACUAGUCUUACUGGCCCUGGAAGAUGGCUCUGCCCUGUCUCGAAAAGUCCUGGUUCUUUUCGUGGUCCAGAGGCUGGAACCACGUUUUCCUCAGGCCUCCAAAACCAGCAUUGGCCACGUGGUUCAGCUCCUCUACAGAGCUUCCUGCUUUAAGGUGACCAAGCGCGAUGAAGACUCCUCCCUGAUGCAGCUGAAGGAGGAAUUCCGCACGUACGAGGCACUGAGGAGGGAACACGACUCACAGAUUGUCCAGAUCGCUAUGGAGGGAGGUCUGCGUAUCGCCCCUGACCAGUGGUCCUCUCUGCUCUAUGGGGACCAGUCCCAUAAGUCCCACAUGCAGUCUAUUAUAGACAAGUUGCAGACACCAGGUUCCUUUGCCCAGAGUGUACAGGAGUUGACCAUUGCCCUACAGAGGACCGGAGAUCCGGCCAAUCUGAACCGCCUCAGGCCACAUCUGGAGCUGCUGGCCAACAUUGACCCUAGUCCCGAUGCUCUACCCCCCACGUGGGAGCAGCUGGCCCAGGCCCUGCUGGCAGUGAAGACCGUGGUGCAUGGCCUGGUAGAUUUCAUCCAGAACCACAGCAAAAAGGCCAACGAUCAGCAGCAGCCUCCCCAGCACAGCAAAUACAAGACCUACAUGUGUCGAGACAUGAGGCAGAAGGGUGGGUGCCCGCGUGGUGCCAGCUGUACCUUUGCCCACUCUCAGGAGGAGCUGGAGAAGUACCGUAAGAUGAACAAACGGCCAGUUGCCAGACGAACCCUCAGCCAGUCCCUGACCCAGCUGAACGAAGUGGGACUCCCCUGCACCCCUGGCCUGCUGCCCCCUGAUGAGGGCGGGAUGAUGGGGGACUUGACGUGCAAACCUACCCCCAUUGCCAAUGGUAUCGUGGCAGCCGGAUCAAGCUCGGAGCUGUCUCACCUAGUCUCCAGGAGUACAGAUCCCUCUUACGACCCUGGCCGUAAGCUUGGGAAGGUGGACACGGUUAGCCUUAGUGCUCCUGAAUCACCUCCAGACCUGUUGGAUCCUCUCCCAAAACCAGGGAUGCCCAUGAACCCUCAGGGUGUGCCUCACCCCAGACUGGUGGGAGAGGGUGUUGCUGGGCACAAACGCAUGCCUGCAGUACCCAGAGUGCCCCAGAUGUACCCUCCCCACCAGCCCGAUCACUAUUACCCUGAACCCAGACUGCCCACGUCUGCCUCUCAGUAUGAGUCCUCCCAGUAUCCUUCAGGCAACCAGUACUCCUACCAUCAUGUCCAACACCGGUACAUCCGCAAUCCCGCACCCUCUGCGGAGCCUGGCAUGUCCCCGUAUCAGGACCCGUACCCUGGUGCUUACGCCACAGACCGUCAGUAUCCCACCCCCUCAUCUGGCCCCCAGUUCUCCACGUUGACCCCUCACGGCUACCCACAUCACUAUGACAACCGUCGCCACUCGCCUUAUGCCGGACCGCCGCCCCCUCAUGAGCUGGUGAGGAGGAGUCCAGUACCUGUGGACGUGCCCCCACCCCCACAGGCGCCGUCAGGGACCUCCUCUUACCUCGCAGAGCACCCACGGGAGAGAUACAUCCCAAACAGCUACGCCAACACACACCCCAGCCAGAGCAGGGUUUACGACAGGAGUGUCUAUGGGCGCCAACAGCCCACGCUAGAUGACUUGCACCGCCGACGCAAGGAGAUAAUGGCCCAGCUGGAAGAGCGGAAGGUCGUUUCACCUCCACCCUUCGCGGUUGCGCCCAGCCUGACACACACGUUUGACUCCAGCUACCCACACAAUUACAUGGACGACAACCUACAGGCAUUUGGGAAUUUCCGCGAGCAAGACUACGCAGCCCAGUAUUCUCCUUGGUCAUGUGACACCUUUGGUUCCUACAUUGGCAGUAAAGAUGUGAAGUCCAAAGAUGGCAUGGUGUCAGGCUCCAUGGAGAUGAACAUAGACAACAAAGCUCUGAGAGAUCCCUCCGUGGAGCUUCAGCGCAGGACAGCAGAGGCCAAAGACGACAUCAUCCCGUUCGGAUCCCUGCCUACCGUCUCACGAUUCGGCGCCAUUUCCCGCACCUCCAAAUCCGGCUGCCAGGCCAUGGGCCUCUCCACCAAACACACAGCUGCUGCAGAUGAGUACGCGUACGGCGGUCACGGAGGGUGGAGUGACGCCUCGUACCCCCAGCACCAAACCGCGUCGUCUCAGGGACAACACUUCAGUGAACGUCUGCCCACACCUGCUCAGGACAGGGAGCAGCUGAAGAUGGAGCUUCAGCAGGUCAACCAGCAAAUCAACCAACACAUUCAAAUUCGCUCUGUGGAGGCCUCUGGUAACGCAGCAUUACUGCCAAGGGAGGCUGUUGGCCUGGCCUCCAAACCUGCUCCUCUGGACUGGUCAACGGGAGUGUCCAGUGAGCAGCUGAGCCUGGAGCUCCACCAGGUGGAACGGGAGAUCGGUAUAAGGACUCGCGAGAUGGCCCUGGAGAGCCGUGCGUCCCCUGAUAUGAAAUACAAACUGGUGCAGUCCAGUGAGAACGGACAGACUGAGCACGGGUUACAGAUAGAAGACUGCUCCAUGACUCUCAGUGAGAGCACCAAUGGCUCCAGUAGUCUGGCACAGGACUGUGGAGUGGUCAGCAGCAGCAGUCUGUCGUCCAUCACCAGCAAGACCUCCUCUCUCAGCCUCUCCUCUGACUUGGUGACAGGCAGCCCUGAGCUGCCCCAAAACGGUGUGGCUCACUCCUGCUCUUAGC